AUGCCUCCCAUCAUUCAUUGCGUUCGUCACGCCCAGGGCGUCCACAACCUCAGCCAUGCCAACCAUGUUAUCCUCGACCCCCUCUUGACAGACCUCGGCCACGAGCAGUGCGCCAAGCUUCGCGACACUUUCCCUUUCCACGAUAACAUCGGCCUGGUGACAGCUUCGCCUCUCCGCCGCACCAUCUACACAGCCCUUGAGAGUUUCGAGCCUGUCUUCAAGGCUCAUCCAGAGAUGAAGCUUAUCGCCCUACCGGAUGCCCAGGAAACCUCUGACGUGCCCUGCGACACAGGCAGCGCGCCCCAAGUACUGCGCGAGGAGUUUGCGGACAAGCCGGUGGAUCUAGACUUGGUCCGGGAGGGCUGGAACAACAACGCUGGCCGCUACGCACCGGUCAACCAGGCUAUCCGAGAGCGGGCCCGCGCCGCCCGCCGCUGGCUGAAGAACCGACCGGAGAAGGAGAUUGUGCUCGUUACGCAUGGCGGAUUCUUGCACUACUUUACCGAAGACUGGGAGGACAGCAGUAUGUACCAGGGUACUGGUUGGUUGAACACCGAGUACCGGACAUAUACAUUCACAGAGGAAUCUCCGGAGCUUGACCUAGUGGGGGCUCCGCUGGAUGGCGACAAUGCCUCGCUUGUUGAGACGAUUCAGUCCCGCGAGCGCCGGGGUAAGAGCGGACCUACACUCGACCGCAAGCAACAAGCGGAGCUAUACAAGAAGGGGACUCAGAGCUGGGAUGAUAUGGGACUGCACUUGAGCACGGCGGAGCGCGAGGCCGCAAAGGUUCCUGAGGGCAGUGAGGUUGAUGGAAGCCGAGUGUAA